AUGUCUCUCUUCGGCGACUACGAGAUCCGUGACGAUGCUGCAAAAAGUCCCAAACCUGGCUCAGCAGGUCAUUUGCCCAAGAGAUCCACGGACUAUGGAUCUUCUAAAUAUAACCACUCUAUCCCGAUCCCCGAAUCCCAUACCUCUGGAGCCAUUGAGAUUCCAGCCACAAGAUCACCGAUGGCGGAGUCUGAAAAUCUUAUGCACUCUCUGAGUUUGACGGGCCGGCGAGGUUCCCGGAAUAGUUUUGGAGCCUCACUACCAAUCCCACGGCUAAAGCGUCCAUCACGACUAUCCUCGGUGACGAUGCCGACGGAUGAGCAACAAGCACGACCUGGCAUGCCUCCCAUCCAGCCUACGAGGGAGAUUCUAUCAUCCCAGGUACAGGACAUGUCAUCUGUCAAGACUGCGGCCGCCAAGAAUAUGGCAUUCGCUUUUGACAUCGACGGUGUCCUUGUUCACGGCGACCGCCUGAUUCCCCAAGGAAAGCGAGCCCUUGAGAUUUUGAACGGUGACAACGAACUCGGCAUCAAGAUUCCUCACAUCUUCCUCACCAACGGGUCAGGGAAGAAGGAAGCUGAACGAUGUCAGCAGCUUUCUGGAAUCCUAGGAUCACCAAUUUCAACAGACCAAUUCAUUCAGUCACAUACCCCAAUGUCGGCAUUGGCUGGGUACUAUAACACUGUGCUCGUCGUGGGUGGAGAGGGCUAUAAGUGCCGCGAGGUGGCCCAGGAGUAUGGGUUCAAAGACGUUAUUGUUCCCAACGACAUCUAUGCAGCAGAUCCCACAAUCUCCCCAUUAAGGGAGCACUUCACUCCUGAGCAACGCGCGACAUCCAACCCAAAGGACUUCAGCAAAGUCAAAAUCAACGCGAUUUUGGUCUUCUCCGAUUCUCGUGAUUAUGCCACGGACCUCCAAAUCAUCAUGGAUCUCCUCCAAUCUGAGGAUGGUGUGCUUGGGACCCGGGCAAAGGACCCCGUGUCACAACGUAUUCCUAUCUACUUCUCCCAGGGUGACCUCUUGUGCCCCACUGAGCACCCCACACCCCGACUAUCGCAAGGCACAUUCCGCAUAGCUUUGGAAACUAUUUACAAAUCCAUCACGGGAGUUGAGCUCGAGCGAGUUGUCUACGGCAAACCCGAGCUCGCCACGUAUAAGUAUGCGGAUGAAGUAAUGACUUCAUGGAUGGAGACAAUCCACAACGAGGUGCACCUUCCCAAAAAUAUUUAUAUGAUUGGCGACAACCCAGCAUCAGAUAUCGUCGGCGGAAAUAUGUACGGCUGGAAUACAUGUUUGGUACGCACUGGUGUGUACCAAGGCGAAGGCAAUGACAAGCAGAACCCUGCCAGCUUUGGCGUUUUUAACAACGUUUUGGACGCCGUAAUGGCGGCUCUGAAGAAGGAGCUCGGCCAUGAUUUCCAGUUUAGCUGGAGCGAUUCAAUGAAUCCGGUUACCGGUAACAAAUCCGCCCCGGCCAUUGAAUAG